AUGGAGCACUACGAGCGCCACUGCCCGCCCGCGCCCCGCCGCCUCAACUGCCUCAUCCCCCUACCCGCCGGCUACCUGGUGCCCAUCAGGUGGCCGAGGAGCCGGGACGAGGUGUGGAGGGCAAAUCUACCCCACACGCACCUUGCCUCGGAGAAGUCAGCCCAGGGGUGGAUGGUGGAGAACGGCGACAAGAUCAGCUUCCCUGGUGUGGGCACCCGCUUUCACCCCGGCGCCCACAAGUACAUUGUGCACCUUGCACAGAUGCUGGAGUUUCCUUAUGGCAAGCUCAACAACCAAGGCAACAUCAGGAAUGUGCUCGAUAUUGGCUGCGGGGUUGCUACCUUCGGGGCCUACCUUCUUGAUCUAGAUAUAAUCGCAAUGUCAAUUGCUCCCAACGAUGUGCAUGAGAACCAAAUUCAGUUCGCCCUUGAGAGGGGGAUACCAUCAACCCUUGGCGUGCUGGCUACAAGGAGGCUGCCAUAUCCGAGCCGCUCAUUCGAGCUGGCGCAUUGCUCCCGUUGUCGAAUUGACUGGUUGCAGAGGGGUGGGCUCUUGCUGCUGGAAGUGGAUAGGCUUUUGAGGCCUGGAGGCUACUUUGUUUAUUCUUCACCAGAGGCUUAUGCUCCCGAUCCAUUGAACAGGAAGAUAUGGAGGCAGAUGAGCAAUCUCGCUCGGAGGAUGUGUUGGAGGAUUGCUUCAAGGAAGGACCAGACAGUGAUAUGGGUCAAACCAUUGGCAAAUUGGUGCUAUAUGAAGAGAUUGCCUGGAGCACUUCCUCCCAUGUGUGGCCAUGGUGAUGACCCAGAUGCUGCUUGGAAUGUCCUCAUGAAAGCAUGCAUAACUCCCUACUCCAAGAGAGUGAACAAGUUUAAAGGAAGCGAACUGCUUCCCUGGCCACAAAGGCUCACAGCACCACCCCCUCGCCUGGAAGAGAUCGGAAUCAGUUCAAAGAAUUUUUCUGAAGACAGCGAAAUUUGGCAUUCUAGAGUUGUUCUCUACUGGAAACUUAUGAAAACUGAGAUACAGAAGGAUUCCUUUAGGAAUGUUAUGGAUAUGAAUGCUAACCUUGGUGGGUUUGCAGCAUCACUGAGGAAAAAGGAUGUCUGGGUAAUGAAUGUAGUCCCUUUCAUGGAAUCUGGAAAACUGAAGAUCAUAUAUGAUCGUGGUUUAAUUGGGACAAUCCAUAAUUGGUGCGAGUCAUUCUCGACCUACCCUCGUACCUACGACCUCCUUCACGCCUGGCUGCUGUUCUCUGAGAUGGUAAAUGAGGGCUGCAGCCUGGAGGAUCUGCUGAUCGAGAUGGACCGCAUCAUGAGGCCUCAUGGGUACGCCAUUAUCAGAGACAAAGCUUCUGUGGUAAACUACAUCAAGAAGCUUCUACCGGCGCUGAGAUGGGAUGACUGGUCCUCUGAGAUGAAACCGAAGAAUGACGCACUUUCGUCAGGUGACGAUGAAAGAGUCCUGAUCGUGAGGAAAAAGCUAUGGGAUCAGGCACUGCAGCCUUCGUAG